AUGGAGAUCGGGGAUCUCCUAGUGGGCUUCGGCUUCGUCACCUUCGUGGACCAGGCGGGGGUGGAUAAGGUGCUGGCGCAGUCGCGGCACGAGCUCGACUCCAAAACAAUUGAUCCCAAGGUGGCCUUUCCCCGGAGAGCACAGCCUAAGAUGGUGACUCGGACGAAGAAGAUCUUUGUAGGGGGGCUGUCAGUGAACACCACGGUGGAGGAUGUGAAGCAGUAUUUUGAGCAGUUCGGGAAGGUGGAUGAUGCUAUGCUGAUGUUUGACAAAACCACCAACCGGCACCGAGGGUUCGGAUUUGUCACGUUUGAGAGUGAAGACAUCGUGGAGAAAGUGUGUGAAAUUCAUUUCCAUGAAAUCAACAACAAAAUGGUGGAGUGUAAGAAAGCGCAGCCGAAAGAGGUGAUGUCGCCGACCGGCUCGGCCCGGGGGAGGUCUCGAGUCAUGCCCUAUGGAAUGGACGCCUUCAUGCUGGGCAUCGGCAUGCUGGGUUACCCCGGUUUCCAAGCCACGACCUACGCCAGCAGGAGUUACACCGGCCUCGCUCCCGGCUACACCUACCAGUUCCCCGAAUUCCGUGUAGAGCGGACCCCUCUCCCGAGCGCCCCAGUCCUCCCCGAGCUCACAGCCAUUCCUCUCACUGCUUACGGACCAAUGGCAGCGGCGGCAGCGGCGGCAGCUGUGGUUCGAGGAACAGGUUCCACCCCCAGCCGCACAGGGGGCUUCCUGGGGACCACCAGCCCCGGCCCCAUGGCUGAGCUCUAUGGGGCAGCCAACCAGGACUCGGGGGUCAGCAGUUACAUCAGUGCUGCCAGCCCCGCCCCCAGCACCGGCUUCGGCCACAGUCUUGGGGGCCCCUUGAUUGCCACAGCUUUCACCAAUGGGUACCACUGAAGCAGGAGACAGGUGGCCAGAGGUGAGGAGGUGCAGGGGCCUUGGGCGGGGAUGAACCUGGGGAGGCUGGUCCCGGGAGCCCAGCCUGGGACAUGGAGCCCUUCGUCCAGUGGGGGUCAGACCUUCAUACCAGCAAUGGUCGAGGAACAUGAAAAGCUGCUCAACCUGCUACAUAAAAAAUAUAACUGAAAACAGUAGCAGGUAAAGAUCUGUUAAAGAUUGCUAAUGCCCAGCACCGAUGAGGGUGUAAGGGAAACGGUGCAGAUAGGCUCAGGGUUUCCAAAAGGCAGCCUGGCAGUGCCUACCCAGACUUUAUUAUUAUUUUAAAAUAUAUGUUUAUUGAUUUCAGAGAGGAAGGGAGAGGGAGAA